AUGGCGCACAUUCCAACCAAGUGGGCGGAGCGUAAGGAUAAGCUUUAUGUCACCCUUCAAGUGAGCGGUGCCACAGAUGUCGAAGUGAAGUUUACCGAGAAUACGAUCAGCAUUACCGGUAAGGGCAUCACGCCCAAGGCUUCCGAGCCACACGGGUUAAACGACAAGAUCACCCUCUUGAAGGAGAUUAUACCCGAAAAGUCCAGCUUCAAGGUUUUGGGCGUUGCUAUCCAGGUGUGUGCAGUCAAAAAGGAGGAGGGAUACUGGAACAAGCUUGUGAACCAAUCAAGCAGCAGCACCGCGAAUUGGCUUUCCGUGGACUGGAACCUUUGGAAAGACGAGGACGAAAAUGAUGAUGGCCCUGCGGGCUUUGGUGAUUAUGGUGAUCUUUCGAACAUGAUGAACAUGGGAGGCAUGGGAGGCAUGGACGGCAUGGGAGGCAUGGACGGCAUGGGAGGCAUGGGAGGCAUGGAUGACUCAGACGACGACGAUGAAGAUGAGGCUCCAGCUCGAGCGGCCGACCUGCAGGACCUGGACGCGAAAUAG